CUAUACAACAGGAAGAAGAACCCAGUCUGCGUUCUGCUGUCAUGGUCGCUUUAACAUCAGCGCCAUUCGUGGCUUUGUUCACUUGUUCAUGGAUCUUUGUUCUGUGUCAAGAGACACAGGAGCUGAAGGUGAAGCCUGGAGAGGACGUCACUCUUCCCUGUCGGAGUCACAGAGGUGCUGACAUAGUAGUGAUAAAGUGGAUCAGAUCUGACCUGAAGUCAGAUGAUAUUUAUGUCUUCUUCUUCAGAGACAACCGCUCACAUGAAAACUUCCAGCAUGAAUCUUUUCGUGGUCGAGUGGAGCUGAAAGAUCCAGAUCUGAAGGACAGAGACUUUUCUGUGAUUCUGAAGAACGUCAACAUCAACGACACUGGAACAUAUGAGUGUCAGAUUAGAGAGAAAAAUGAGAAAGGCAAAGGUAAACCCAUCAGCAUCAUCAGGCUGACAGUGACAGAGCCAGGUCACACAGCUGGACACAAGGAGGGAGGAGACAAGGAGGGAGGAGACAAGGAGGGAGGAGACAAGGAGGGAAAUGUUGGACUGAUGGUCGGUCUGCCAGUUGUUGCUGUGCUUCUUGUUGCUGUUGUUGGAACAAUGCUCUUUAAAAAACGCAGAGGAGAGACAUCUCACACAGGAGGAGAGACAUCUCACACAGAAGAAGAGACAUCUCACACAGAAGAAGAGACACCUCUCACAGGAGGAGAGACAGACGCCCUAAACCCUCCAACAUCAGGCUGACAGAUCCAGGUCACACAGCUGGACACAAGGAGGGAGGAGACGAGGAGGGAGGAGACAAGGAGGGAGGAAACAAGGAGGGAAAUGUUGGACUGAGUGUCGGUCUGCCAGUUUGUGUGAUUCUUCUUCUUCUUCUUGGUGUUGUUGGUUUUGUGAUCUUUAAAGAAUAUAACAGACCCACAGGGAAUCAACAACCUGCUAUAAACAGACAUGAACUGCAGAACCUGCAGAGAGAUUAAGAGACCAGAGGCAGCAGAUGAGAAUUAGUGAGGAUCCAGACUGAAGUCACUCUGGUUACUGUGGGGAGCACUGAUUGGUCGUUACUCUCUGGCUGCUGAUUGGUGGACUGAACGUGCUGCUGGACAGAAGAAACACAUUCCUCCUGUAAAAUAAACCUGAGCUGUUGACACACAUCUGAUUUCACCUGGAGGCAGGUUAAUGCCAGAUGGGCUGACUGACCAGCAGCUCUGUGGGACAAACAAUAUGACCUGAUGCUGGAACAGCCAGCUGAUUGUUAAUUAGAGGAAGUGGUACAGACCGUCAGCACCUCCCCCCACCCCUUCAAGUGGAUCCAUCCAUCCAUGUAAAUACAAUUAAAUGGGUAAAGAACUAAAAAACGCAAAACACAGAGAGAAAAAUGAAAAUAAAUUUUUGAUCAACAGUUACUGAUGUCAGUGCCGCUCAACAUCCUGCUAGCUGCAGUUAUAACACUAACAGUCUGUUCUGGAUGACGGAGCUGGACUUUGUUCCCAGUCCGACCCUGAAGAGCUCCGUCCCUGUUGUUCACUCACCGACCUGCAUCAGCCUCGGUGAACA